CACCACCUCCUUCAUUCACACACACAGCUACUCUGAAGCACGAUCAUGGCCAACAAUGUGAACUCCGAAACUCAAAUUCACAGUCAACACAUCACCAAGAGGUCUCCAUAGCUCCGACGACUCAAUUAGAUCACUCAAACCACACUGACCGUGUGAUCAACCACUCGGUCAACUCAUCGAACGGCCAGGAUCAGAGAAAAACCGCAUCUGCCAUGAGUUCCGAUGCCAGAGGCUCGUCCGGCGUCGGCUCCAAUGUCUCGAGGUAUAAACUCAUGUCUCCGGCGAAACUUCCGAUCUCGCGCUCGUCGUGUAUCACGAUCCCUCCUGGUCUCAGCCCCUCGUCGUUGCUCGAGUCCCCAAUUCUUCUCUCUGACAUUAAGGUGGAGCCUUCCCCAACUACAGGUUCCAUGAUAAAGUCUCUUGAAGUGCAGGAAAUUGUUGGUUCAGCCACUCUCAUGUCAACUAUAGAAAGCUUCAGCAGCAACACCUGUGAUGAAAGAAACAUUGGGAACUCCAAGUUUAGACACCACGAUAGACCGGGAUCAAGAUCAGGCUUAUCUUCAUUAGGCCCUCUGGCUUCUGCAGGUUCAAAUUUCCAGCAAUAUGAACCAUUUGUGGGAGCCCAAGAUCAGAGCCAGCCUAAAUCAUUUGCAUCAUCAGCUUUAUUUACAAGUGAGCAGGCAGCAGUCUCCUCACGUGACUUGGCUCUCUCUGUUGACGCUCCACAUCCAGCAGUUGACUUGUUUACUUCAAACUCUCCUCCACCUGCUGAUAUUGACUCUGGCAACUUGCAGCAGAGCAAGGAUACUGAUUUUGAGGUUCAAGCAUUUGAACAAGAACAAAAAGAAGCUGGUCCUUCAGUCACUGGAGAGAAAUCUUCAGAAGAUGGCUAUAACUGGCGAAAGUAUGGUCAGAAACAUGUUAAAGGUAGUGAAUUCCCCCGGAGCUACUACAAAUGUACAUAUCCUAACUGCCAAGUGAAGAAGCUCCUGGAAAGCUCUCUUGAUGGAAAGAUUACCGAGAUUAUUUAUAAGGGUAGGCAUGAUCAUCCAAAACCUCAACCUAAACGUCGAUAUGCAGUUGGGACUGCACUGUCCAUCCAUGAGGAAAAUCUAGAAAAAAAUUCUAGUUUAACAAGCUCGGAAGGCAAGACUUCCAAUGCACAUGGCCAGACAUCUUAUCACUUUGAACGAGAUGAGCUUCCUCCAGUUACAAGUGAUGAUGAGCAUGGUAAUGAUGAUAACAAUGACGAUGAUGAUCCAGAAUCAAAGCGCAGGAAGCAAGAUUUUGGUUGUGUAAAUCUAGUUCCAUUGAUUACGCCAACUCGAGAUCCACGUGUAGUUGUUCAAACUAUCAGUGAGGUUGAUAUACUAGAUGAUGGGUAUCGCUGGCGUAAAUAUGGGCAGAAAGUGGUGAAAGGCAAUCCUAACCCGAGGAGUUACUACAAGUGCACGAAUGUUGGAUGCCAAGUCAGGAAACAUGUGGAAAGGGCAUCACAUGAUCCAAGAGCUGUAAUAACCACAUAUGAGGGAAAACAUAACCAUGAUGUACCUGCUGGACGGACUAGUAGCCAUGUUACAGCUGGAGCCGGUACAUGUAUGCCAUCUAUGGAACCCGUUCAAGGAACGAUAUUAGAAGGAAAUGAUGCAAUAAGCCUUGAUCUUGGUGUUGGGAUCAGCUUGAGUCCUGAAGAUGGAUCAAACAAGAUGCCACAAACCAAGGCUGAACAUGAGCAGACCCUAAUCGAUGUCACUAGUCCUGAUUGUUGUAUGGCAACACACACAACCCCAGUUUCAUCAUAUAUUACUGUGAAUCAGUAUGAAGUUGGGGAAAAGCAGGGUGAAACAUUUAGCUUUGAUACACCACAUCUAAACCUUUCUUCUAAUCCUUACCUACAGAGCAUGGGAAGCUUGCUGAUGGGUCCGUAAAUUGUUAUCAUUGCUCCCUUCCAGAUGAUUUACGCGAAAUGCAGCUAUAUAUUGCUGAAGCCUGAAGCUGCUAAUUGUUAAACAGGGUUUUGGAGAAUUGUCGUUAACUGCCUUCUGCAUGACUGCAACAGUCUGCUUACAUGUACAACUGGCUUUUGCUUUAUAUAUAUAUAUAUAUAUAUAUCUUUCUUUGUUAACCUCUGUAAACUUACAAGUUGCAUAGUGCAUACAAAUAUGAAAUUAGUAUAGGGGUCACAGAAGGAUUUUUCUGAACAAAGACAAACAAUGUACUUUUUAGUUUUCAGAUCAUGUGAAGCCAAAGCUAUAUUCAGUAUAAAUUUCAUC